AUGGAAUCAGUUGGCAUAAAAAGUGAAGCGAUCGCGAUUGGAAUGCAAGAAAUGCUGAGUGGCGAUCGCAUUGAUUUACCGCCGAUCAUCGUUGGUGGAACAAGAAAAUUGGCAGACAAAAAAACGCUUUUGGUUUAUGGCUAUUUCGAUGUGCAAUCAGCCGGCGAUAAAGCCAACUGGAGGACGGAUCCGUUCAAACUUGCUGAAAAGGAUGGUCGGUUGUAUGGCCGAGGUGUUGUGGACAAUAAGGCUGCGGUGAUGGCGUGGAUUGCUGCCAUUGAAAUACUGCAAAAACAAAAUGUUGAAUUACCUCUUAAUGUUAAGCAGAAAUUAUUCAUUUCCGAUUUUUCAACAUUGAUAACAAAUAGACAUAAUCCAUAUUAUUUGUUGAUCUGA